AUGAGGACCGAAGAUCUCCAUGGGCCAUUUGGGGAAUUUGGUCCUGUCAAAGAUGUUUACUUGCCGCGAGAUUACUAUACUGGGGAGCCGCAUGGCUUUGGUUGUAUGCAAUAUGUAGAGCCUACUGAUGCUACUGAAGGCAAAUACCAGAUGGAUAGUCAGAUUCUUCCUGGAUGA